AUGCGUACGACCUUGACCUCCUGGGCUCUAGCCCUCGCCCUCCCCCAAACCCUGGCCCAACAAGCCUGUGCGCCGGUCAACAUCAUCGUCGCCCGCGGCUCGACAGAACAGCCCGGCGUCGGCCUCAUGGGCGCCAUUUCCUCAGCAGCUGCGCAGCAGAUCCCCGGCGCAGUCGUCACACCCCUCGACUACCCGGCCCAGCUGAACCCGUACCCGCCCUCCGUCGCCGCCGGCGUCGUCUCCAUGACGGACCUCCUGACGCAGCAGACCGCCGCCUGUCCGCAGACGAAGCUCGUCGUCAUGGGCUACUCGCAGGGCGCCCAUGUCGCGCUCGAUACGCUGUGCGGGUCGAGCCUCAGCGGCUUCACGCCUAGUGCGGCGCAGGCCUCCGCUGUUGGGGGGAGCAUUGCAGCGGUCAUUCUGGCCGGAGACCCGACUUUCGUGCCGGGCCUGCCCUCGAACCGCGGCACGAGUCAAGAGGCAGGUAUCUUCCAGACGCGCGACAUGACGCAGUGCGGCGACGUGCCGGCCAAGACGCUCUCGUUCUGCGACACGAACGACCGCUUCUGCGCCGGCGGCGACAGCAUCCCCGUCCAUCUGAGCUACUUCAGCAACGCGGCGUACGUGGCCGAGGCGGUGCAGUUUGUUGUUGCGAGUGCUGGGGCCGGGCCUUCGAAUUGCACGACGGGGGCUGCGGCGCGGAGGAGGUGGGCUCGGGAGUCGGCGAGGUUGCCGAGGGAUUGA